UCCCCGGCUCGUGGUGAGUGGGCGUGACUCGCCACGUUGACCCCGCCCCCCUCCUACGUCAGUGUGGGCGGGCCCCAGCUCCAGAAGAGAGCGAGCGAAACACGACACCCCGAGGACGAAGAGAGGCACGGGGGGAGGAGAGACUCGCACUGAAUGGUGUGAGAGUGAGUGGAAGACUUAAAAAAAGUCAGUAAAGAAAGAGAGCUUCCUCUCUGUCGUUAAUUUCUGUCUAAGAAGUAACAAAGCGUUGCAGUGGAGAGAUGUCAAACAGCGACGAAGAUGCGGUUGAGACGGAGUGAACAGCCACUGGACAGUUAGAGAGAGAAGUUGUUCAAACAGGCUGUUCGGCUGCCUUGAGACGGGACGGUUGACCGCUUUCCGUUGCAACUUUAACUGAAUUCAGCGCUGCUCAUUAACGGGGGGACACGAGAAGCGACAACCGACAGCGAAGACUUGGCCGCUCACCUCGCCGGGAAGUGAACCCACUCGGUCGGUUGCUCGGUUGGCAGAGAGCCGGGGAAGCGGCGGAGCGCGGCGGCGGCGGCGCGAGACAAGGAGCCGCUGAAGUUGCAGCUCCAAAAAAGUUUGCCGUGUGUCUUCACCUAGUUCUCCAGUUUAGGGGAGGAAGAGGCCGAGAGACUGACUUUCCUUUUCCACGGGCAACUUUGUGGGAUCCAUCCUGCUCCUGUAAACUUUACUAUAAUAGCUCAGAAGCUAAAGCAGAAAGAAUGAAAACACCUGGAGAUUCUGGGUUCGCCUUCCCAGACUGGGCCUACAAGCCAGAGUCAAGUCCCGGGUCCAGGCAGAUCCAGCUGUGGCACUUCAUCCUGGAGCUGCUCAGAAAAGAAGAGUAUCAUGAUGUCAUUGCCUGGCAGGGGGACUACGGCGAGUUUGUCAUCAAGGACCCUGAUGAAGUGGCCAGGCUGUGGGGGGCGAGGAAGUGUAAACCCCAGAUGAACUACGAUAAGCUGAGCAGGGCUCUGAGAUACUACUACAACAAGAGGAUCCUCCACAAGACCAAAGGCAAGAGGUUCACCUAUAAGUUCAACUUCAACAAACUGGUGUUGGUCAACUACCCGUUCAUCGACAUGGGCUCCACUGGAAGCAGCGUUCCUCAGAGUGCCCCUCCCGUACCCACCGGUGCAGGGACUCAUUUCCGCUUUCCUCCAUCGACACCCUCCGAAGUCCUCUCCCCCAAUGAAGACCUGCGAAGCCCUGGCGGCAUGUUCAGCUCCGUGGCCCGACGCAUGGCACGCGGCUCUGUCAGCGACUGCAGCGAUGGCACCUCAGUCAACUCUGAAAUUGAAGAGGGUAACACAGGAGCAGGUGAGGAGAGGGGUGAGAGAGGUAUGAGUGGAGGAGGAGGACCUGGUGGCGGAGGAGGCUACAGAAGCAUAAUCCACCCUCGUCUUUCUCAUGAAGCCCUGUUCCGUAUGUAUGGAGGACCAGGCAACCCUGCAGGGCACCCAGGCUCCCGGGGCCACACAGGACACCGGAUCCACCAAGAACCCCUGUCGCCCUUCCCUGUGUCCCCACUGCCAGGGCCAGGAGGAGCCGGCCUCCUUGCACCUCCUUUGUCUCCAGCCCUUUCAAUGACGCCGACAUCCCACCUCCCUUACACCCCGUCACCCACACUGUCACCCAUGUUAGGCUCCCACUUCUCCUUCAACCCCGAGGACAUGAAGCGCUACCUGCAGGCCCACACCCAGUCAGUGUACAACUAUGGUCUGAGCCCCAGAGCCUUCCUCCAGUACCCCAACAUCGUCAUCCCUCAGCCACACCGGCCGUCUGCAGACAAGACCCUCACAGGAGAGAGAGGUGAGAGAGCAGAGCGAGUAGCUGCAGGGGGAGGAGAGAGGGGAGGAGAGCGCCACCACCAUCCAACUCUGGCUCAUUCGGCCCACCACCACCACCAUCCGCAUCCGCCUCACACCGCCCAUCCUCAUCCGCAUUCUCAUCCCAUGCACCACCCGCUCCACCUGGGCGAGGAGCCUCCACACAUGUCUCCCUUCAAGUUCAAGCUGCAGCCGCCACCGCUGGGCAGGAAGCAGAGGGAUGGGCAGAGCCAGAGCAAACUCAGGCAGAGCUCCAUGUCGUCAGGGUCAGGGUCCAUGUCAUCUACCUCUGGCCUCGGAUCCUCGCUGUCAUUCGGCAGUGACCUGAGCUCAGCCAGCGGCUCCGGCCUCAUCUCUGCCUCCUCUUCAACGCAGUCUCUUAACAGCGCGGGACUUCCCAAGAUCAAGGUGGAGCCCAUCUCUGACAUUGAGUCAGAAGAAGAGGUGGAGGUGACUGACAUUAGUGAUGAGGACCUGGAUGAGAGAGACGAGGAGUUUGAGCUCUUCUCCCCUCGCCACACAAGAGCCCCUAACCACCACCACCAGCACCAGCACCAGCACCACCACCACCACCCUAACGGCACUGUAGCCCCCCAACAUCACCCCCAUCCGGAUGAGGACCUUGAUGAGGAUGUCUUCAAAGCCCCUGCUCCGCCUCCACCUGGCCUGAUGCCCUUCUUCACCUCACAUCACACACACUCCAGUGUGCAUCGUGUGCUGCCUACCCUCAAGAGUGAACCCACCGAGCCAGGGGACGGUCACACGCCUCCACCUCAGACAGGCUCCCAGACAAAGUGCAUCCCUCUAAAGCUGCGCUUCAAGAGGCGCUGGAGUGAAGACCAGCGCAUGGAGGCCUCACAGGAGGAGUCAGACGACAAGAAAGUUCGACCACAGGAGGAGAGAGAAAGAGAGAGGAGGAGUAAUGGACGGAUGGAGAUGGAUGACGACGGGACGGGAAGUGGGGACGGAGACAGUCCUCCUCCAUUGACGUACGAGGGUUCUUUAACCACACCGUUGUCCUCUCAGCGGAGAGUGAGUGCCGAGCUGCAUCGUGCCACUGCACAGCUGUCUCUGGAAAACAAAGACUGCUGAUGAGAGACACAAACACUACUGCUCCAGUAACACUGGAGGUAGUGCAGGAGUAUGUAAAUGGUUCCUCUGUAAUCCCUCUCCCACACUGACAAACUAGAUUCCUGAAACCUCCAGUGAAAAGACAGCACAGUCCAACAUACACACAUAUUAAACCUACACCUCAGAGACAGCCUGACUCUCGUUUUGUCAGAUCUUCUACCAGCUUUCUGUCUGGAUCAGAGCUUCUCUGGGACGCAUCCUUUUUUAAGGAGGUGGGACACAGCCAUCCCAGAACAGUGACUGUAACAGGUGUGAAAUCAAAAGAUGGGAGGAAGGCUCCGCUUCUAAAACUUGGCUCCAAGUUCACCUCCCACCUGGCCAGUGAAGCUCCACAUACUCUGCACCAGUAGCACAGCUCCCUUCUUCAGAUUCCACCAGUAUAAUCAGCAGCACUUUUCCUCAGGGGACACAUACUCCCUUACAGCAUAGAAACACACCUAGGAUCCCAUUGUACACACUCUCCCCUGUGUUCUUUUCCUAUUAGCUGGUGGGACUUUGAUAAGUGCCUGCAUCUAAAAACCCACAGCCCGCCCUGGAGUGUCAUGGAAGAGAGCAAGGAAAGGAGAGGACUGCUAUGAUUAAUCAUUCUUGUAAAAUUAGGAAUAUACCGACAAAAGGAAAGUGUGUCUCAAAGACUUAAGAGUGGGGCUGAUGGGUGUUUUCUGACUGACUCUUAAACCUGGCCCACUCCACUCAGGGAAGCCUAUUGCUGUAUGUUUAUUGGAAUCAUGCACAGAAAUACACACAGGCAGAAAAACACAGCCAACAAGUGAAGGUGGACUCACAAUGGAAAACGCACACACACUCACAUCCACAAUUAUAAAUGCGCAGACUUGGACUUUUGCACACUGUUCUCUUUGAGCUUUUGACUUUUGUAUAACCUUUUCCUGUCUCUCUCCUGUCCUGCUACUCUUUUCUCUUGCGGACCACUUGUGGAAACAUCAUGACUCCACUUAAAGAAAUGAUUCUAACCCCAGGGAGUUAUGAGUCAAAGUAUAAAGAAGAAUUCAUUAUCCAAGGGACAGCUCAUGGGACCAAGAGGGGGGGAAGGCAGGAGUGUUUUGAGGGGUUCCAGUAACUGUUAACCAGCCGACUCACCUCACCUAACAUGGCUUGUAUACUGACACAAACAAUCUCUGCAGGCCGAGCAGCACAGAAUACGAGUUCACCAGCGAACGCUCUCUUAACAAUCAUCAAUGGUGUUAAAACUAAACCAGCAAAGACACACACAAACACACACACAAACACACACAACACUGCCUUUAGUUCUUAAACACACACUCUCUCUCUCUGUCCGGACCUCCAGCUCUCCCUGUAGUGGCAUCAUACUCAGGCCCUGAGAGUGUCUGAGACUGCAGGCACUGUUUACAACAAGACAGCCCAAGAGAGUGGGUAACAUCUUAGACCUCACACACACACACACGCACACACACACACACUGCCUCUCUAUGCCUUGUUUUUAUAGCAUGUAUAAAAGUGCAAACUGAGCUCUAAUAACACACAAACUAUAUCUUUAUAUAUCUAAAUGGAAUUAUGAAAUAAGAUUUUAAAGAGUACCAUAGCAUUUUAAAGAUAUGAUGGAUUCAGGAUUUUUUUUGUUAAGUGGAUUAUUUUGAGUGAUUACACACUCAGUAGGUGAUAUACAGUUAUAUAUGGAGGGUGGAUGGGCAAGAAGAAGUUGGGUAGGGGGUCCAGGUCUUUCUUGUAAAUUUGUUUCAUAGACAAACCACAAGACCAGCACAGGGCAUGCUCUGCUGUUCACUCUGCUCCUUCCAGUCUGUACAGUCUAAUUCAGCUCAGCUCAGCUGGGUUUUCCCUGGCCUGAGCACUCUUAGCCAUCCGUGUGUGUGUGUGUGCGCGUGUGUGUGCGUGUGUGUGCGAGUGUGCGUGUGUGUGUGUGUGUGCGCGCGCGCUCAUGGGUUAUUAGUAAAGUAGUAAUCCACUCUUUUCUUUCAGUCCGGUUAGCAUAUCGCUCCAAAGUUCACAACAGCUCUGAAACAGGGCAAAGGAGAGAGAGGGGGGGGGGGGGAUAAGGGGGUUAAUCAUUACUGAUAUUAUCCUGGAACAUGUGAAACCCUAUCAUGAAAAGCCCCUCUCCUCCAGCUAUGCACACACACACUAAUGAAUUGUGAUUGUGUUUUGACAUCCUGGAGGCCCGGGCGGUCUGUGAGGGAUCUGACUAGUUAGCUGAGCAGUGUUGAUCACGACCUGCCCCCCUACCUGGCCAGCACAAGAAGACGGAUCUAUAGCAGUGAGCUGUGAGAUCGACGGCCUACAGGCGGUCUGUGUAGUCGAGCUGAUUGAAUUUCCUCAUCAGAACCCCGUGGGCUGGACUGGAGCAUGUCACAACAUGCAUACACACACACACAUACACACUUUCUGCCACACAGACACUCACCCACACUAAGCCCUGUGUCUGUACCUGAACUGACAGCUGCCUUAUUACUAUUUGUCAUAUCUGAGCAACAGAAGAGACAUCAGUCUUACAUGCUCUACUCUCUCUCUCUCUCUCUCUCUCUCUCUCUCUCUCUCUCUCUCUCUCUCUCUCUCUCUCUCUCUCUCUCUCUCUCUCUCUCUCUCUCUCUCUCUCCUUUCAGUUUCAUUUUUCCCUCACUCUGUUUCAGGCGUUGUCUGACGUCCAGCUCACUGAGACACACUCUGCCUCAGUCAUAAUAUUUGCAGGGUACAAAGAUUGAUUGGACUCUUAAUUGUAACACAGGCUGUCUCUCAUCCUGUGCUUGGCCUCUGAAGUCAAAGUACAGUAAAUAAACAGCACGAUAACAUUUCUCCAUCAAGACAAAAAAAAAAGGUUUCUCUGUUUAUUUUUCUGAUGUCGAUAUUGCUAUUGAUUAUUGUUGGUGUUAUUAUUGUUCUCAUUGGGUUAUUAACCUCUCCAUCUGGCAUUAUCAUUAUUCCAUGGCACUGUUAGCUGAUGCUUUUAAUGUUGUGUACACCUAAAACUCCUUCCCCUGUUUCAAACCUACAAGCCCUCUAAACCAGACAUUUUACUUGUCAUUAGUUUUUACAAAUGUAAAAUAACAAAAAUGUGUAAUAUUAAUUUUGAUGCUGACAGAAGUAACAAAGGGGGGUGAGAAGGCGGGGGAUGAUUUUAUUUAGAGGUAAAGGGGGAUGAUUUUAUCUUUCUGUCAUAUAUUGUAAUUUUUGUUUUAUAAUGUUACUAUUUUUCUCUUGCUCUUGUAUAUUUUUUCUUUUUUUGGGGGUUGGGGUGGGGUGGGAUGGGAGUCGGGCGGGGGGGUAUAAUUUUAAAAGAAAAAAAAGAUGUGUAUUGUUUGUGUAAAGGUCUAUCUUUACCCUCUUUCAGUCUGUUCUUUUGCCUCGUCUCCCCCGAGCAGUUACAUAACACUCAGAUGGACAGAUGAGAGUUAAUACCAUGAUGUAACAUUGAAUUUCUCCACUUGUUUCAUGUUUUUUUUCCAAACUUGUAAUUAAGCUGUAAUCAGGGUUAAUUAAAACUGGUUAAAACACAA